CUGAAUUCCCUAUAGCACCUUGCAUCAGAAAAGUACCUUUUGCCCCGGACGCUCCCCUCUCACCACUUUGCGACCUCCGGACUGAAACCAGGAGCUCCUUCGAACCAGGAGAAGGAGCAUGUUUUUGGCCCGGAGGAGACUCUACUCCCUUGGCUGCAGAGCAAAGCCUGUAAAGACAGUUUAUUCUCCGAAAGCCCUCAGACUCUCCACUUCUGCCAAAAUGGCUUCGAAAUUCAAAAAUGCCAAACGAAUCGAAGGCCUGGACAGCAACGUAUGGGUUGAAUUCACUAAGUUGGCUGCAGAUCCUUCUGUUGUGAAUCUUGGACAAGGCCUUCCAGAUAUCUCCCCUCCUUCAUAUGUAAAAGAAGAAUUAUCAAAGGCUGCAGUAAUUGACAACCUGAACCAAUACACUAGGGGCUUUGGUCAUCCAGCACUUGUGAAAGCUCUUUCCUGCUUAUAUGAAAAAAUUUAUCAAAAGCAAAUUGAUCCAAAUGAAGAAAUCAUCGUGACAGUGGGAGGUUACGGAUCUCUCUUUAAUUCCAUUCAAGGACUGGUUGACCCAGGAGAUGAAGUGAUAAUUAUAGUGCCUUUUUAUGACUGUUAUGAGCCCAUGGUGAGAAUGGCCGGAGCAACGCCUGUGUUUAUUCCCCUGAGAUCUAAACCUACUGAUGGGACGAAGUGGUCCAGCUCUGAUUGGACAUUCGAUCCUCAAGAACUGGAAAGUAAAUUUAGUUCUAAAACGAAAGCCAUUAUCUUAAAUACUCCACAUAACCCCAUCGGCAAGGUGUAUACCAGAGAGGAGCUGCAAAUAAUUGCUGACCUUUGCAUCAAGUAUGACACCCUGUGCAUCAGUGAUGAGGUUUAUGAAUGGCUUGUCUAUACUGGACAUAAGCAUAUAAAAAUAGCCACUUUUCCAGGAAUGUGGGAGAGAACAAUAACGAUAGGAAGUGCUGGCAAGACCUUCAGUGUGACCGGCUGGAAGCUUGGCUGGAGCAUUGGCCCUAAUCACCUGAUAAGACAUUUACAGACUGUUCAGCAAAACAGUUGUUACACUUGUGCAACGCCAUUACAGGCAGCCUUGGCCCAGGCCUUCUGGAUCGAUAUCAAGCGCAUGAGUGACCCAGAGUGUUACUUUAAUUCCCUGCCAAAGGAAUUAGAAGCCAAAAGAGAUCGGAUGGUCCAUCUACUUAGCAGCGUUGGCCUGAAACCCAUCAUUCCUGAUGGGGGUUACUUCAUCAUCGCUGAUGUGUCUUCCUUAGGUGCCGACCUCUCUGACAUGAAGAGCAAUGAGCCUUAUGACUAUAAGUUUGUGAAGUGGAUGACGAAAACUAAGAAACUGUCAGCCAUCCCUGUGUCAGCAUUCUGUGACGCAGAGUCUAAACCACAGUUUGAGAAGUUGGUGAGGUUCUGUUUCAUUAAAAAAGACAGCACACUGGAUGCUGCUGAAGAAAUCAUGAGGGCCUGGGACACACAGAAGUCUUGAUGAGUGCAGAUGGUAGUAUUCUAUCAUCUUGGAAAAAAGGCUUGCUACUCAGUGCUGCCACCUGGUGGGCACUAAAAAGGAAAAUGUUACAGGACAAACAUUUAAAUAAACAUUUCCACUGUCUUUCCAAAGUUAACCCCAUUCCGAAGAAUAUUCAGUAAUUCUCACUUAAUUCAUUUGGACUAUAAUACAACUUCCGAUGUAAUUCUGG